AUGCAUUUCACAACACGUGUGCCAAGUUCCGUGUUGAUGAUAUUGUGCUGCAGUUUCAUCAUUCAUGUCCUGUUGUUGUGUUGGACUGCCUCUCCAAUCGGUGCAUCAUCUCAAACUUCUCUUAAUGAUUGUCCAACGUUUAGAUCCAAACCCUUUAACCCCAAAUUUCCCUACGAAUUCGAUGGUACUGUAGAAUCCAGCACCUACAUUACCAUGAGAGAUCAAGUUAAGAUUGCCUGUGAUCUAUACAUUCCAUUCCGAGCUCUCAAUGAAAAUCAUAGGCUACCCACUCUCUUUCAUGUAACCCGAUAUGGAAGAUCGCACAGAAUACGAUGGCCCUUUUCCUACAUCUUUGGAGAGAGAGUAAGCUCGAGAGGAAUUCCCUUUAAAACCUAUACGGGAAGAGGCUAUGCUGUGGUUUCAUGUGAUACGAGAGGAACAGGAGCCAGUUACGGAAAACGUUUAUAUGAUUUUCAUCAUGAAGAGGUUGAAGAUUAUCGGGAAUUAUUGAAUUGGAUUAUACAACAAAAAUUCAGUGAUGGAAAAGUAGUGAGUGUUGGAAUUUCAUACGAUGGAAUGGCAACGGAUUUUAUGAUGUCGUUGAAUCAUCCAGCAUUGGUUGCAGUUGCAACAAUCAGCUCACCUUUUGAUAUGUAUCGGGAUGUGUUGUAUCCGGGUGGAUUGUAUCAGUAUGCCUUUUUGGAUGCCUAUUUGAAAUCGACAAAAAAUCUGGAAAGUGGUGGCUUACCAGAUCGAUAUAAAGCUUGCAAGGGUUGUGAACCAGUGACCUUAAAAGAGAAAUUCUUUGUUUGGUUGGGCAAGUUCAUGAUUGAUGGUGUUGAAAAGGUCAAUUUUGAUUUCGAGUCUUAUCAUCGUGCAUUGGAGGAACACAAAGGAUCUACGAACACACUCGAUUUAAUGCCAUUAUUUGAGGAAGGUAUUGACAAGGAAGUGACAACUUCAACAUUUUCUUAUAGUUUAGAAAGAGAUGGCAAUUUUAGAGUGAUUAAUGCAACAAAACGUCAAAUUCCAAUGAUUAUGUUCGGUGGAUAUUACGAUGGUACCAUUCAAAAUUCAGUUGUGAAAAGAUUUUAUUCCAUGAAGAAUAGGAAGAACAAAUUGAUUUUGGGAUCCUAUACUCAUGGAUUUAGAAAAUGUGCAUCUCCUUACUUGUCAGGAAACUCUCCUUGCUUUAAUGCCAUGAUAGAAGCAAUGAGAUUUUUCGAUCAUUAUGUUGGAAAAGAUACAGAGACAGGUAUCGAUACGGAACCGAGAGUUCAUUUCCAUACGGUUGGAAGUGAGAAGUGGCACUCUGCAAAUGAAUGGCCUCCAAAAGAAGUCUCUGAAACCAUUUUCAAUUUAGAUGGAAAUGGAAAAUUAAUCGGUGGUGGCAUUUCUUCUGAUUCUUCUUUAAAUUUUUCACACAAAUUGAAAUUGAAUUUGACAGAACAAGUUGUGAUUCACUCGAAAUUCAAUAUCAUGUCUCAUUUGUAUGAGAAAUAUCCACAAUAUACAGAGAAAUUAUCAGAUCCAAAUUGGAAGAAUGGAAAAUUGAAUUAUAUUUCCGAACCUCUUUCAAACAGUAUUGAAAUUACUGGAUAUCCAAAAAUUGAUAUUGAACUUUCUGGUGACAACAAAGAUGGAGUCAUUUUCGCAUAUUUGAUGGAAGUUGAGAAUUCAAGUGGUCUGACUCGUCUUAUCAUGGACACUCAAUUAAGGCUUGUUCAUAGAAAGCUUAGAUCUAGCUUGAACAAUGGGCUUGUCGACGUCAUUCCCAUUCAUUCUUUCUAUAUCACAGAUAGGGAGUACCUGCAGCCCAAUGAAAAGACUAAGGUAUCUCUUUACUUUCCGACAAUUUCAUAUCAUGUACAAAAGGGCAACUCCUUGGCUCUAUCACUUUUCAGCUUUGACUCUCUCAACUUUAAAUUAUUUAACGGCACUGACGAUUUGUCAAAAGAGAUCAUUGUUUAUUCAGGCUCCCUUACUUUACCAACCAUUGUUAGAGAUGGCAAUGGCGUUCCAUCCAACUCCAGGAAGAAGAGUACAAAGGACGAGUUUUAA